UGCCGGGAGGAGGAAGAGGAGUAAAGAUGGAGGGGAACAGGGACGAGGCAGAAAGAUGUAUAGAUUUAGCAACGAGAGCCCUCGAAGCCGGAGACAAAGAGAAAGCGUUGAGAUAUCUCCUCAAAGCAGAGAAGCUGUACCCGACUGCCAGAGCCAAAGCUUUGUUGGACGCAUUACAGAAGAAUGGCAGCUCAGCGGGAACUGGUGCAUAUCGAAGGAGACCAGCAGAAAGCUCAGAAAACGCAGACACCCAGCCAGAAAGGGAAAGUCAAGAGUCAGGAAAUGACAUUUCUAAAGGGUUCACCAAAGAGCAGGUUGAUGGAGUGCAAAGAAUAAAACGGUGUAAAGACUUCUACGAAGUGCUGGGCGUCAAUAAAGAGGUCAACGAAGAGGAGCUAAAGAAAGCCUACAGGAAACUAGCGCUCAAGUUCCAUCCAGACAAAAAUCACGCUCCGGGAGCAACAGAGGCCUUUAAAAAGAUUGGUAAUGCUUAUGCAGUGCUGAGUAAUCCAGACAAAAGACGGCAGUAUGACCUGACGGGAGGAGAUGAGUCAAGCAGCCCAGGUCACUCACACGGAGGUGGUUUUGAAUUCCACAGGGGCUUCGAAGCCGACAUCACUCCUGAGGACCUCUUUAACAUGUUUUUUGGAGGAGGUUUUCCGUCCUCAAGUGCACACACCUUCACCAACGGCAGAACGAGCUACAGCCAUCAGGCGGAUUAUAGGCAAGAGAGAACAGAAGAAAGAGGAGAUGGUGGUUUCUCAAUGUUUAUCCAGCUGAUGCCCAUCGUGGUUCUAAUUGUCGUGUCAGUACUGAGCCAGAUGAUGGUCUCCCCUCCGCCCUACAGUCUCUACUCAAGGCCAUCUACAGGUCAGACAGUGAAACGGCAGACAGAAAACCUGCAUGUGGACUACUUUGUCACAAGAGACUUCAAGUCAGAGUUUAAAGGCUCGACGCUGCAGCAGAUUGAGAAGAGUGUGGAGGAGGACUAUGUAGCUAAUGUCAGGAAUAAUUGUUGGAAAGAGAGACAGCAAAAAACAGACCUGCUGUAUGCUGCUAAGGUUUACAGGGAUGACCGAAUGCGCAAAAAGGCAGAGCUCAUGACCAUGGAUAACUGCAGGGAGCUGGACAGACUAAACAACCUAUUCAGAGGAGGAUGAGUUGGACGCUUUUGGAUCAUGUAAAUGUACAGGAUAGAUGUGUAUGUUCAUGUUUUUUAAGAAAGAGGUUUUACUCUAGGAG